AUGCCGGAAGAACGCUACUCGGGGGCUUUAUCGGAGCAGCAGGAAGCAGCUGCCGUGACAUUUCACAAUAUCACGGAAGCUGAAACAAGUGUGAUGGAACGUUAUUUAAGCAUGAAACAGGGGCCCACAGCUUCACAGGUCCUUCAAAGAAAUCCAAAGUUCAAAUCACUUUUGACCAACUUGGCUUCGGGCCUCAAGCAAGAGAAGCAGCUGCUGUAG